UAAUUAUUUGUGGAGUGGGGUGUGUGGGAGGGUUUUGUUUUGGCUGUGUUGAACGCUGAGGAGGAGGAGGAGGAGGAGAGAGAGAGAGCUGUGCUUCUCUCUCUUCUGGUUAAGCGAAUUCCAUCUUCUGUAAUUUUUGUGGGAUUUUGUUUUUUCUUUUGGGGGUUUUAGGGUUUGUUUCUUGUGGGAAAGAUGAAUAUGAUGCGUCGGCUCAAGAGCAUUGCUUCUGGUCGCUCUUCGAUUUCUUCUGAUCCCGGUGGGGAUUCUGGCACAAAGAGGGUGAAGAUUGAGCAAGAUAUGGAACAAAAAAUCCAAGCAGAAUCAACAUCAGUUGAAAGAAGUGCCACUGGUCUAGAGCAGCAUAUGGCCUCAACAUCGCUGGAAAAUGGUGCAAGCACAUCAAAUAUAUCUUCAAUUGCUAGAAAAGAAAAGUCAGGAUGUGAUCAGCUUCCAAAGGAGAUGCAUGAAAUGAGAAUCAGAGAUGAGAGAACAUCGAGCCAUGAUGAGAAGGAUACGGAGACGACAAUUAUUAAUGGUAAUGGAACAGAAACAGGCCAGAUCAUUGCAACUACUGUAGGUGGUCGGAAUGGGCAGCCGAAGCAGACAAUAUCAUAUAUGGCAGAGCGUGUGGUUGGAACUGGUUCCUUUGGUGUUGUCUUUCAGGCUAAGUGCCUAGAAACAGGUGAACAAGUAGCAAUCAAGAAGGUUUUGCAGGACAAGAGAUACAAGAAUAGAGAGCUCCAGUUUGGGGCUACAGAAUACUCAACUGCAAUUGAUAUGUGGUCCGUUGGUUGUGUCUUGGCUGAGCUUCUUCUUGGUCAGCCACUCUUCCCCGGAGAAAGUGGUGUUGAUCAGCUGGUAGAAAUAAUUAAGAUACUGGGGACGCCAACUAGAGAAGAAAUAAAGUGCAUGAAUCCAAAUUAUACUGAAUUCAAGUUCCCUCAGAUCAAAGCUCACCCAUGGCACAAGAUAUUUCACAAGCGAAUGCCCCCUGAAGCAGUGGAUCUCGUGUCAAGACUGCUCCAGUAUUCUCCAAAUCUGCGCUGUACUGCUUUGGAAGCAUGUGCACAUUCCUUCUUUGAUGACCUGAGGGAGCCAAAUGAGCUUGCUAAUGGACGAGCACUGCCUCCUCUGUUCAAUUUCACUGCACAAGAACUGGCUGGCGCAUCAGAAGAACUCUGUAAUCGGCUCAUUCCCGAGCAUGCAAGAAAAUAAAAUUGCUAAACAUAAGAUGACAAUCACAUCUAGGCAAUGUAAAUCAGUUUUGGAUGCUUGGUUGCCCCCUAGAGCGAUCCUCCUGUGUCUGUUGCUCGGGUCCCAAAUAGCCCUCUUCUCUUCACUGAUCAACUAAUAGACAAGAAGACCUGAAAUUGAUUAGUCUGGUGGCUGGGAUUGCCCUUGAAUCAAUGACGCUUACAUGAUAGUUCUAAUAAUGAAAUUGAAGUGGAUCAAAGGUGACUGCUUUGGCGCAAAAGAUUCAAGAUUUCAUUUUAUAUGUUGUAUGUCUUGACUAUGAAAGAUUGAGAUUUUACAGAUUUGUUGUCAUAUAUAGUUUUUUAUGGGCAUUUUGUUCUGCUGACUAACUACAAGUUGAAGUUUAGAUUAGGGUCUUAAAUGUAUAAUUUUCCUACCCAGCGUUUGUUAUAAGAAAAACUUGGUCUCCUGAAAAUUUUGGUUC